GCGGAAGAGAAGAGACGGCAAAAAAGAAACUUGACUGACGGUGACGGUAAAACUGAGCGAGACUCCCUCCCGAUCAGACGUUCCUCGUUGACGUUGAUGGAUUGAGGUCCGAGGACUGUAAUAUCUCCAUUCCCUACAGACAGCACAGCGGCCAACCGGCUUGCACAUUCAUUUCCUCUUCCAGAUCUCUCCAAUUUAUUUCUCUACUCCGGUAAAGCUUGCAAUCACUCAUCCAAGUCCGAGGAAGAAAUCCAAUUCGAAAUUCGCCAAUUUUUGUUGGGAAGUAUCUUGGCGAUUAGGGUUUCUGAUAUCUAUCUGCCCGGAGUAGUAUUCAUCACCUUCCUCCCUCACUUCCUCCCCUGUUUCUGCCCGGUAAACCGCUAGAGGACGCGAGGUAGCUGACAGACGAACAAGUUUCUGCUAGGGGUUUUUGCAGGAACCCAUUGCCAUGGCUGACGCUUCCAACGGUCGCGUUACUAUUACUCUUGGUCCUGGUGGUCAGGUAGUGAAGCGUGCUGUGUCGGCUGUUGGCAAUUCAGAUUCGCUGCUAGGUGUUGGAGGGAAGCGCUCUGUGAGGGAUCGAUUAGGAGGCGACUCGGAGGGUUCCAAACGGAAUAUUUAUGGAUCACUGACCUGGUGCCUUUCAAUAACUAAAGAUGCACGUAUUGGCAAGGGUGAUCUACGAUUCAAGCUCCUGCAAAAGAAUGCGGGUAGAAGAGCUCAAAGUGAUGAUGACCAGAGGGAUUUGCGAGAUAAGCUCCCACGGACAACGCAAUCACUUAGUCGCCUUCCUGCAAGUCUUGGUACUGGGGAGCGCAUGUCAGAUCCCCGGGAGACUAGUCUUAUGGGCAGAAUCCCUUCUUCAGGAAGCCCCAGUGAAUUUUCUCGGAUGGAAUCAUCAAGAAAUUCAUAUUCACCUUGGACUUUGGACCAUAUAAGACGAAGAUCUCCUGAUAGGGUUAUGCGUACGUCUAGAGGGUUUUCCCCACCAAGACACGUGGAUGAAGUUCAGGGGAGGUCAUUAGGCAGGUAUACUGAUGAUGUUAGACCGGUUUCGUACAUGACAAGAGACAUUCAUGAUGCUCCAAGGUCCAUGAGUAGCUCCACUCAUUUCAUGCCAAAACCGGGUUUGCCUACUGUUUCAAGAAAAAGUGCUGCACCAAUUUCGGCUCCAGUUGCUCCAGCGAUAAGUGUUCUGUCGAAACAAACAUAUGCAGGGGAAGAACAGCAGACUGUUGAAGGCUUAUUGCAUUCGCUUGGAUUGGAGAAAUAUGCCAUCAUUUUCAAAGCUGAGGAGGUGGACAUGCAUGCACUGAAGCAGAUGGGGGAAAGUGACCUGAAAGAACUUGGGAUACCUAUGGGGCCUAGGAAGAAGAUUCUUCUCUCCCUUCCGCCUCAUUCUAAAAGACAACCUCGGUGAUGAGAUGCACCUUGCAACGUAGCGUGACGGGUUCAACUUUAGUAGCAGAGUCAGAAAACUCGCUCUCCAUGCGUUCUUCAAAUUUGCACACUGGACUUGGGGGGUGUUGCUAAAAUACUGAUGGAAAUGACGAGGUUCCAAGAUCUUUUGGUUGACAUAUCUUUCGCCUUUGUACCUUGUUUUUUGUGAUACUGUGAACUAAAUGCAGGAUUUGCUAAGCUGGCGGUAUUUUUAUGAAGAGGGUCAAAUGUAAAGAUGUUCCUAACUGAGUCAGUUUUUCCAGUUAUUGCGCAAAUUUGUUUUGUACCUCCGAUUCCAUUAAUUCUGUGAGCUAGGGGUGGGCAUUG